GGGGUGUAACUACCUACCAGUAGAAUUCAGCCUUAAAAAAAUCAGAAUGCUUUCAAAAGAUGGUUUCAAAAGAUACUGCAAAUUCGGUGCCUGUCAGGAAAAACGCUCCAUCAAGAAUCAAAAACACCACCAAACAAACCUCGCAGUUGCAUCAACGUGUGAAGUUUGUUUCUGCGAGACCCCAUCCACCGAUAUCAAACGAGAGACAAUGACGCUUCGCAUCAGCAUGCCGACCGUCCGCAAAGUUUUGUUUUUGCCACUGUUGUAUGCGGUAGUCGCCACGCAGACUUGCAUCUCCGCGGGAUUCUCGCCGGCCCGGCAGCCUCCCAGCACCGAACGCCGGGGAAGGUUCGGUCGGGUGGUGCCUUUUCCGGGCCACGCCCGUGGCAGAAUAAAAAGCAGGGAGCGGGGUGUCACGGCGAUCCGUGGCGGGGGCCGCCGCGACCGAGACGAGGCCGAAGACGAACCACUCCUCGACUGUGGCGGGACCGUCGCGGGCCUCUUCGGAAACCUCCGCAUCCCGGCGUCACUGAUCGCCGGUGCCUCGCUCGGAUCGGCCUUUGCCCUGCCCCUCCUGGAAUCGGACGGACCCAUGUUUGGGUUUGCGAAACGCAUGUACUCGUUUUUGAUGCUGACCGCGCUCGGGAGCAUGCUCCUGGUAGUGAUUCUUUCCACGAUUUGCAUGAACGACAUUGCCAUCAGCCCCCCUCGGCGUUCCAAGAGUGUCUUUGACUACAUCAACGAGCAUUAUUCCCUGGAAUGGAUCACGGUCAAGUCCAACUUUUACUAUGGAGCCCUGUCCUUUGUUGUAGGAGCGGCAUUCCGGGCCUGGGUGUCGAUCUCGUGCCCCGUGUUUGGGAGGGGCAUCGUAGGCUUCCUGACGAGUAUGACCCUGAUUUCCGUUGCAAACCUGAUCGAAAAAUCGUCGUGCCAGUCCGGGGGGUGCUCGAUCCAGCAGCGGUUUACCAAGCACCGGAACGAAGUAGUCGCCAAAUCGAAAACGAACCCGGUGUAUGGGGCAGGUGUCCUUGUAUGGGCAUCCUCGGCUGGAUAUCUGAUCUUCAAGAUUCCUCAUAUCUAUCUCUACCUUUCAAAACUAUAAAGUCGGGAGGUGCUAUGGCGACUGACGGUCGUCGCGGAGACCCCACCGUUUGGGUUUCGUAAGGUAAGCGCCUAAAA